AUGCGAGACUCAAAUCAUCGUUGCAUUUCUUUGAAUAGGUCUAGUGUUACUAUAACGUCUACUGUCUAUGAUCGGAGGGGUUUGAAUUGCACUUCAGAAAUUCCUCUGAUAAAUUCGCUUAAUCAUUUGACGUACCUUACGUCCAACUCUGCCAAAGUGCGGGAAACUUUGGCUACUGAUGGUGCUCUAAUAAGGUUGGUUUCUAUCCUACACGAUUGCCAUGUUUCGCUGGACGAGUGGCCAGCACUGGAGAUAAAGAACGACUUAAAUAUUGUGCAACAAGUGGAGAGGGAAAGAAAGCUGGCAAUGAUUGCGUGGAAAUGGACGCUUGCAUUUCAGUGUCUUGUAUUAACAGGGACGAGAGGUACAGAACAAAUUCGCAAACAGGUCGUCUCCUCAGGGGUGAUCCCAAUACUAGCAACCGUUCUAGAUAAUUACCUGCUUAUAGAGAAAGGGCACGAUUUUAUUAAGGACAAACCACUUCGUUUUGACUUUAAAAACUCACAGUUUGAUCAAGAUUGUGAUUUAUCCUCAGAAAUAGAUUUGGAGGGGAUACUCCUUAGGUACAAGCGUUUGGCUACCCCAGAAAUUAUGCAACUCAAUACAAGCUUUAGUGAAUUAUGGGAGUCCACAAUGAAUAAUUUAGAGAGCGGUAAAGAGUGUGAUACUUACGAAAAUAUUGCUGUACCGAUACCGAGGACAUUUUUCUGGGGCAAGAUUGUGCCCAAAGCGGACGACGUAAUUUGGUCUCUACAAUUAUUGGCUUUCAUCUCGAAGUACACCCACCUGAAGCCACAUUUACAAAACGUUCAGCUGGUGAAAACUCUUUCCUUACGAGGCGCCUUGUCCAUUGCAGAGAAAAGAUAUGAACCAGCUUUUGGCAUCUCUGGUCUUGAGAUUUCUUCCAAGAAUGAAAAAAUGCCGGAGUUGAAGCCGCCUUCUAACGUCAAUACUGACGAGACCCCAAUUGACUUCACUGAUCCACUGCUCAUUGACAUGCAGUCACAUUGUAAAAAACUUGGCCAGGUCAUCACUUUCCAUUCAGCAAAUUCAGCGCCCAAGAAUUGUAACCAAAAUCGCCACGGUAUAGAUAAAAGAUCCGAAAUGUACCAUUUGAAACAAGAAUUCGAGCACAAGUGGAAUUACGCGACCUAUCCUAAAAUUUUGGACGACCAAUCAUUUCAGCACAUAAAACAUGCUCCCACUUUGAAUCUUUUUCCUCUGGUAGAGCGUUUCACGGUUAAAAAAGAAAAUGAGAAGGACAUGACUUACUGGAGUUCAGUGAUUAUGCGCAACUCCUGCAGAAAAAACGAAAACACAGGAGUCAGGCAAUGUGCGAAUUUUGCUUGCGGCAAAUGGGAAGACUUUCCCAAGAGAUUUGCAAAAUGCCGGAGAUGUAAAAAAACGAAGUACUGCUCACGCGAGUGCCAGCUGCACUCUUGGAAUUAUCAUCGCUACUGGUGCCAGGAAGUUUCUUCAUCUGCUGGUCAGGUUGCAGGAGCGACAAUCGGAGAAGGAACCACAUCAAACCAACCACAAAGCGCAACCGAUUCGAUUACAGAGUCUGCAACUGCGGAGACACCAAAUGUGGAUAAUGACAGGGCUCUUCUCACGACAUCUGACGAUAACACGGGUAUGUCGCAUAGGAUGGAGCAUGGGCCCACACUACAGGACAGGACCUGA